CACGGGUGGACAUUCGUGUCGUUCCUUCGUGUCGYUCUGUUUGCAAUCGAAAAUCUCGACAAAUACAUUAUUUUGUUUCACAGUUUUUCUGUAAAACUCAAGACGCAAGAUUCUUCGACAGCCACGAAGCUUCAUAUGGAGAGGAAGUCAUUCAUGGACCACUCUGAAGCCCCGACCCCCGAACGCUUCGCCGCCAUCUUGGAGAAUCAGCGUGCUAUUAUGGUGAAUCAAUCAACGAUUCUUCACAAUCAGAAUAAGAUCUUACGAGGCUUGGAGCAACUCUUCACACUCAUUCCUAGUGCUCAAAAUACCCUCAAUAGCCAGCCGACUCCAACUGCACAAAACCUGCCUGUUACACCGGUUGUUAGCGUUCACGGCGUUCUCCCGACGGUAGUCGAGCCAACGCGAGUGGAACCAGCGCUCACUCAGAUCACAGUAGUCCCAGCGAUGCCGUUACAACUCUCAAAUACCCGUGCUGAACAGCCUCAACAGACUAUUACAACGUCRGUUUCUACACAACCCAAUACAUCGAUUCAACCUAUUCCAGAAACGAGCUACACGAAUUCGAUGGUWACAGUACAUCCUGCGCCCGUUCCAGCAGUGACGCUCACAUCUCCAGGUUCACCGUAUAGCUCAGACGACGAACGGGCUCCGCAGUUCACAACGCGGUCAGAAAUCAUGCAAAUCAAAUGUAAAAGUUGCUCGAUUGGAAAUUUUUCCGUGCAGUUAUUAAGGCACAUAUUUCAGGCGGAGGAACUCGCGAAUCGCAACUGUUCUGGAACUMGAGGSAAGGAACAAGUUGAUCCAGUUCGAUUAAAAUUCAUUAAAGAGACAGUUUUUGAAUUGUACAAUGUUUCAGCGGAAGAAAGACUAAAUACCUGGAGGCACUGUGUUCGCGCUAUGGACGAGUUUCUUCGACGGCCAAAAAAUAACAGAAAAUUUAAAAAYGACUCUGGUCCUCCGACGCUUGUGGAACUUCAUCAGAAGAUGAACGUUUCGUUUUGAAAKUACCUUCAAAAAGGCAUAAUGACCUUCGCAACCCUAACUUCUAAAGURAAUUUUAUUCAUCAUAUAUCAAAAGAGAGGCCACUGGAAACUUCACAAGCACACAAGUUUUAACUUUCAAAAGACAGAGUAUCAAACCAAUAUAAAAAUAAGGUAAAAAACAAAGAGUAGACAAAGAGUAAAAUAUGAGAAAUUUGACAUAUUAUGUUCUGCUGGUAAUAGAAAUUAAUUUUGCUGGGGAAAAAUUUGCUUAAAGCACCAUGUAUUAGCUUAUAACGCUUUUACUGUUAAAAUAUAAUAUAGAAUGAUAAAGUUAUACUAGUUCUUGGGUUAUUUCUCGCAUGUAUGUAAAUAUGUGUAAUUGAUUCUUAUUGAUAUUGUCUAAUUUAUUUGUGUUUUAGUUCUUAAAGUGUUAACAAAAUUAAACAGAAUAUUGACAAUGA